CAACCCAUCUUCAAUCAAGAGAACCGGAACUAGCUGGAAGAGAAAAAGAAGUAGAUUAGGACUGCCUUUUAGCAUUAGCUGGCAGGGAACUCAUAGAGGGUUCGGCAGGAAGCUAGGGAAGGAAAUCUUCAACUUAAACUUCAACUCGCAUUAAAGGGGAAAAAAAAAAAGAACUGGAAAUGCAUAGAACGAUUAAAUUAUGAAUGAAAAUUGCAACUACUGGUACAAUAGAUAUUACACAUAAAUCUCCUCAAUUUUUACAUACCUAAAAUGUUCCUCACACAAACUUACUCAUUCAAUACUUUUUAAAGAAAAAGAAAUUUAAAGAAAAUACAUAGAGACAAGAACAAUUUAGUGAUCCCAUGCUUUAUACGAGCUUCUAUACAUAUGGUCUCUUCUCUUUAACGCAAGUGAUCUAAUUUGUAAUUGAGAAAGAGGAGUUCUAUAUCUUUGUAAUUAAGAUUAUAGUCGAUUGCCUUUUGCUAUAAAACUCUGGCUAAACAAAUACAUGUUUCUAUCUUCUAUUUUUCUUCUUCUGAUUUCCAUAAUUCUACGAACUUAUACUUUUUAACCUACGUUGGUGAGGUUCUUAGAAAGUGUGUCGCGAGUUUGUGUGUUUGAUUUUGGUUCUACAUCAAACUGUUUUGCCAUUAUGUGAUUGUUAUUUCAACAAUAUGUAUUACUCUCUGUAUAUGUAUAUGACCCAUCUUGCGUUUCAGUUUUCCCCAUGUUGUAGAAACUCGGAGGUACACAAGAUCCUUGGAGAUCGUUGUUGGCAAAGACAAGAAUCGAAACAUGAGAGUUUCCAAUGUUUUUCUGUAGCCUUAACCGGAACUUGUUGUUGUUAAUGAAGAGAGCGUCAAGGUUUAGGUCAAAAAGUUGGCUAGGAACAUCGCCGUAGAAAUCAUUAAACAAUGUCGAGAAACUUCAUAGAAGGUAAAGAGAAGAUGACGGAAGGGAACUCGCCGGAGAGUUUAUUGUUGCUGACGUCAAGGCAGUUUAGAGAUUUAGGGAGUUGACCUUCAAAACGGUUGGAAUUGAUAUGGAAUAAGGCGAGAUCGGUUAAGAGACGGAGCUCUAGCGGGAGAUAACACGGAGAUGUUGGCCCGGUUUAAUUAAGUCUAUACCGGCUACGGUUAAGACGUAAGGGUUGUCUCCUGUGCACAGAACACACCCGUGCAGUUACAAACAUGAGGACCACACCAAUUAGAAGUGAAUCCAUUUGGGUCUGAAGUUAUAGUGUGUUUCCAUGCUUGAAGGGCUGUGUAAGCUUUUAAGAGCCUAGGGUUUGCGAUCGGAGGAGGCCAAUGAGGACAUGAACGGAGCAUGCAUGGGUUGAUGGGAAGAGUGUAUUGUAAGUGAAAGCUUGAGGAAGAAGGACGAGGAAGAAGAUGAAAAAAGAGGCAAAGAAACGACAUUGGAAGAAGAAAGGUUCUUCUCUCAUUUUGAGAUGGUUUUUGUUUGUGUUUUGGAAAUGGGACUAACUACUAAGUAUAAGGUUGUUUAUGUAUAGGAAAGGGACUUCCGUUGAAAAUUUAUUUAUUAAUGAUUCAGGGAAGUAACUGUAGAUGAUUGAUUUCUAGUGGUUAUAUUUUGAAGAGUCAAUCUUUAUGUUUAGUGUGUUUGAUCUUUAUUUAUAUCUUUAUAAGGGUGAAUGGGUGAUUAAUUCAAAUGUGAUGAUGAAUAAGUAUUCUAAAGUGAACAAUGGGUGACAGAGGAGCAGAUAAGGUCAGAAUUAGCGAAGAAUGUUCAUUGAUCCCUAUCCAUGUAUCUACAUUUACGUUGUAUAGUCUCUGUAUACAUAUCCUACCAAUACGACUUUUGGAAGCAAUUUGCAAUCAAAUAUACGGUUAUUAUAACACACAUGCAAAUAUAACAGAAAAAUGACCCCUUUCAAAUAUUUAUAGUAAUGUUGGGUGUAUCACUACUACAUUCAAAUCAGAUACAAUGAAAACAAUCGACAAAGAAAAUCUAUUAAAGAUCAAGUAUCAAGAACUAAAUAUUUACGGCAAACCUAAAAUAAGAGAUUGUAACCAUUUUAAGUAAAAUUCUAAUAUUCAUACAUCUGGUGUUCGUCUUUAUUUCAAACUCAGAUUUUUUGGCGCUUUAGUAGAUAUGUAUUACAAAGAUACGACGACUGAAAAUAUAGGCACACCGACUGCUGACCCCAUGGAUAUAAGAGCAUCUCCAAUGUAAAAUUCCAUUUUUUUUCCUUCAAAAUGGAGUAAAAGUGAAAAUGAAGUAAAAUUGUCCCAAUCCUACUCCAUUUCUCACUCCAUAAUGGAGUGAUGAAUAAACAAAAAAGAGAUUACUCCAUUUAUGGAGUAAAUUUCAUUAUGGAGUGAGAUAUGAAGUUGGGUUAAAGCAUUCCUUACUCCAUAUUCACUUUUACUCAAUUUUAGAGGAAAAAAUGAAGUAGAAAUGAAAAUGCCCUAAGAGCAUCCCCAUUGAAGUAUAUUAAGAGAGGUUCACACAGUUUCCAAAAAACAAAAUUAACAUAAUAAUCUGUUUUUUAUGAACUUGUAUCACUUAGAGCUUGUAUCAAAUAUACGGUUAUUAUAACACACAUGCAAAUAUAACAGAAAAAUGACCCCUUUCAAAUAUUUAUAGUAAUGUUGGGUGUAUCACUACUACAUUCAAAUAAGAUACAAUGAAAACAAUCGACAAAGAAAAUCUAUUAAAGAUCAAGUAUAAAGAACUAAAUAUUUACGGCAAACCUAAAAUAAGAGAUUGUAACCAUUUUAAGUAAAAUUCCAAUAUUCAUACAUUUGGUGUUCGUCUUUAUUUCAAACUCAGAUUUUUUGGCGCUUUAGUAGAUAUGUAUUACAAAGAUACGAUAGUGAAAAUAUAGGCACACCGACUGCUGACCCCAUGGAUAUAAGAGCAUCCCCGUUGAAGUAUAUUAAGAGAGGUUCACACAGUUUCCAAGAAACAAAAUUAAUAUAAUAAUAUUUCUAGUGGUUAUAUUUUGAAGAGUCAAUCUUUAUGUUUAGUGUGUUUGAUCUUUAUUUAUAUCUUUAUAAGGGUGAAUGGGUGAUUAAUUCAAAUGUGAUGAUGAAUAAGUAUUCUAAAGUGAACAAUGGGUGACAGAGGAGCAGAUAAGGUCAGAAUUAGCGAAGAAUGUUCAUUGAUCCCUAUCCAUGUAUCUACAUUUACGUUGUAUAGUCUCUGUAUACAUAUCCUACCAAUACGACUUUUGGAAGCAAUUUGCAAUCAAAUAUACGGUUAUUAUAACACACAUGCAAAUAUAACAGAAAAAUGACCCCUUUCAAAUAUUUAUAGUAAUGUUGGGUGUAUCACUACUACAUUCAAAUCAGAUACAAUGAAAACAAUCGACAAAGAAAAUCUAUUAAAGAUCAAGUAUCAAGAACUAAAUAUUUACGGCAAAUCUAAAAUAAGAGAUUGUAACCAUUUUAAGUAAAAUUCUAAUAUUCAUACAUUUGGUGUUCGUCUUUAUUUCAAACUCAGAUUUUUUGGCGCUUUAGUAGAUAUGUAAUACAAAGAUACGAUAGUGAAAAUAUAGGCACACCGACUGCUGACCCCCAUGGAUAUAAGAGCAUCCCCAUUGAAGUAUAUUAAGAGAGAUUCACACAGUUUCCAAAAAACAAAAUUAAUAUAAUAAUCUGUUUUUUAUGAACUUGUAUCACUUAGAGCACCCACAACCACAAAUCCUUAAAAACAAAUCUUUAACAACAACUUUUAGAAUAUUUUAUUAUUUUUUCUUUUUUUCAUCCGAAUUUAAAGAAAAAAAAAAUUGGCCAAUCGCGGGCUCUCACGCGGCGGUGGAGCCCGUGCACAGUGAAGAGGCUGUCAGAAAAGAAAUCCUUAAAUUGGGACUUCAAGAGGCAAUUGUGGCACAGAUUCUUAAAUAUUUGGGCCCCACAUAUUAUUAUAAUAAUUUAUUGUUAAGGAUUUGUUGUGAAGGAUCUGUGAUUGUGGGUGCUCUUAAGGUUCGCUGGGAUGAAGGGAAAACAGCAUAUUUGGACCUGCACUCUUACGAAAUGUGACGAUUCAUACCCACACAUAAGUGCUGUGCGCUAACAUACCUACACUUUGUUUCUGUCUUAUAUGCAUACCUGCAAUUUAAAAACAUUGUUAAUUCAUACACUGCUGUAAACAGUGUUAUCUCCUCCGUCACGGAAGUUGAUGCGCUGUUGAGAGUCGACAGAAGACCAAGACGAUGUCAUCCAAGAUUGAUUUUAAGAAGAAAAAAAACAAAACAUGGUCGUUUUCGGAUUGAAGUUUAUUUAUUUUUUUUUUUUUUGUCUUCUUCUCUUCCCCGACACAGACUAAGAUUCUAAAAUAAUAAUUUCAGUUCUUAAAAACUCGAAGCUAUUCUGCACCCAAUCAAGAACAAAGCUUAUGGGAAUCACGAUCUGAAAGGAAUUUACUUGAUAUUGCAUCUAGGCUCUUCGAUUCCCCUAAAAAAAUGAGUCAUACAACUUUCAGUGUAUUUCAUAGUGGAAAGUUUCAAACAGAUGAUUCUGGGACCGUUACUUACAAGGGUGGAAAUCGUGACGUUCUCCACUCACCGGUUGAAGCUCUGUUUGGAAAUUUAAUGAGCGAGUUGAAUAUAUCCUCCAAUGGGCAGAGGAUUUGGUUUAAGAUGCCUAAUGAAGGCAUAUCGGAGCUGAAGAUAUUGUGUCAAGGCGAUGAUAAUUUCAGGAAGAUGUGUGAGGCUUCGGUUUGGAUCAAAGCUAUAGAUGUGUAUCUGGAAGCUGAUAAUGUUGAUGAUGAUGAUGAUGAUGAUGAUGCUCCUCCUGUCGUUGAGAUCAAUGACAGUGGCACAGCGACGAGAGCUUCAAAUGGUGCAGCGAAAGCUACACAGAAGGCUGUAGAUGCUGAAGCCCGUGUUGAAUCAAAUCUUAUUGGUUUUGUUGACGACAAUGAGAACGACGAUUAUCAAAGAACUCCCCCCUCUUCAGACUGUGAAGAUGAAGGAAGUAACGACCGUUACGAGAGGUGGAUACGAGGAAGUGGUGAGUUAAAGAUACGACAAGUAUUUGAGAGCAUAGAAGAGUUCAAGGAAGCUGUCUUGGAAUAUGCUUUAAAAGGAGGAUGGAAUGUCCAGUAUACUAGAUGGGGAAAAGUAAAAUCUGAGGCUCGAUGUGGAGUUCCAGUUGAAGAAGGUGAAAAACAGUGUCCAUGGAGGAUUUAUUGCUCUUACGAAGAACCAAUUGCGCAGUGGAUGGUGAAGACUUUUCAGGAUGAGCAUACUUGUUUUAAAGACGGCGAUUGCAGGAUUUUGUCGGAGUCUCUUAUAGCCAAGUUAUUUUUAAACGACAUAAGGAAUGACCCCAAUUUCAGACCGAAAUGCAUUCAAGAACAAAUUCAGGAUCGUUACAAUCUGGUAGUAACAGGUGAUAAAUGCAGAAAGGCAAAGAAAAUAGCUUUGGAUAUCAUCCAAUCAGAGUUCGAAGAACAAUACGCAAGGAUAAAAGACUAUGAACUUCAUAUUUUGGAAUCAAAUCAGGACUCGACUACGGAUCUUAGAACAGCCAUUGGAGAUGGUGGACUAGAAGUAUUUGAUAGGUUUUAUGUGUGUUUCGCUGCGUUAUGUCAGACGUGGAUUAAGCAUUGUCGGCCAAUCUUCGGCAUUGAUGGAUGUUUUCUGAAGUCAACUACGAAAGGGCAACUACUUGCAGCUGUGGGACGAGAUGCAAAUAAUCAGAUGUUUCCUAUUGCGUGGGCGGUUGUUAAUGUGGAAGAGACCGAGAGCUGGGUAUGGUUUAUCCAGCUUCUGAAAAAAGAUUUAAUCUUAAAAAUGGUGAUGGAUUCACGCUUGUAUCAGACCGACAAAAGGGACUGUUAAAGGCAGUGCACCAAGAGUUACCAAAGGUUGAGCAUCGAAUGUGUGCUAGACACAUCUAUGGAAACUUGAAAAAGGAUUUUCCAAAGCAGCCGAAGAUGAAAAAAUUGUUUUGGCAGCUAGUAGAGAGUCACACAAGGGUAAUUAUGGCAUCAGUUUGGCUAACAUAAAGGAUUUCAACGUUGAUGUGUAUGAUGGAGUGAUGAAGAGGAACCCAGAGACCUUUAGUCGGGCAUACUUCAAGACCACAUCAACAUGUGAGGAUGCACUGAACAACUUCUCAGAGUCAUACAACAGUGCAAUUGAGAAGGCCCGUGCCUUACCUUUGGUUGAGAUGCUUGAGACCAUUAGAAGACAAGCAAUGCUCAGGAUAGACGUAAGGAAGAAAGAGUCACUGAAGCAUAAAGGAAAGUUCAGUCUUAAAGUUGGUAAGGUCAUUGCUAUUGAAGAGCUUCACAGAAAAUAUUGUAGGAUCUAUCCUGGACCAACGGGACAGUUUGAAGUUAAAGAGAAGUCAGUCUCAUAUAAAGUUAACAUGAAGUCACACACAUGUGCUUGUAGAAGGUGGGACUUAUCAGGGAUACCAUGCCGCCAUGCCUUGCGUGUUGUUCAGGAUAAGAAGACAUACAUGACAGAAGAUUUGAUCUCACAUUGGUAUCUGACAUCUACAAGGCAGGCUCAGUACUCAGAUAACAUUAAACCAAUGAACGGUAUGAAGUUUUGGAACGCAAGUGGUGAAGAAACUAUUGAACCACCAGCAAGAGAUAAAUCAAAGCGCCGGAAGAAGAACCAUGCUAAGCGUAUGAAGAGUGUUCAUGAGUCUCCAAUGAAGGGUAAGAAAGUGACCCAACACUCAAGGACAAUGCAUUGCUCUCGAUGUGGGUUGGCUGGUCACAAUUCUCUAGGAUGUUCUAAUGGUGGAGUUCCACUUAAGCCUCGCCCACCUAAGAAGAAAGCAAAAACACAACAAAUGGUUGAUUCAGUUUCACUUGAUGUUGGAGAGGGACCAAGUCAACCAUCUCUGUCUUCUGUUACUUUUGAUUGAGUCUAUGUAAUGUCUACUUACCCUAGCUUGUCUGACUAUUUGAGUAUUGAGGUUGAUUUAAGUUUUUUUAUUUUUUUUAUUUGUGAGGCAGGGACGAUGGAUAGGUGUUCAAGCUUGAAGAUGGAUGUUUUUUAGUUAUGUGUUUGCUGUUAUUUGCUAUGUUUUUGUGCCUACUUGUUAUGUUUUGCGGGUAUGUUUUGGUACGUAUUUAUGUAACAAAAAUUUAAGGUCAAUGGUUUUUAAACUAUAUGUGCUUUAAUCCUAACAAAGCCAACAGUAUUUCUGUCCAACAAAACUUAGAAUCUUAGAGUUUGUGUCGGGGAAGAGAAGAAGAGAAGAAGACAAAAUAAAUAAAAAAGUUUUAAAAAUUUUAAUCUGAAAACGACGUCAUUUUUUUUCUCUUGAAAUCAGUUUUGGAUGACGUCGUCUUGGUCUGUCAAGUCUCAACAGCGCAUCAACUUUUGUAAGGGAGGAGAUAACACCGUUAACGGCAUUGUAUGAAUUAACACCGUUUUUGAAUUGCAGGUAUGCAUAUUAGACAGAAACAAAGUGUAGGUAUGUUAGCGCACAUCACUUAUGUGUGGGUAUGAAUUGUCACAUUUCGUAAGAGUGCAGGUCCGAAUAUGCCGUUUUUCCCUGGGAUGAACCUGUAUCAACACUGUUCACGGGCCCAUUGACACAUGGCAGCCCGCGAUUGGUUGCUUUAUUAAUCAAAAAAAAAAUCAAACGAAAAAGAAAAUUAUAAUAAUAAAAAG